AUGCCAGACUCCAAGGACAAGGGCAAGGGCAAAGCUCCCCAGCGCCCAGAAGAGGGCGAGGAGGCCGAGGCCUCGAAUAAGAGCAGCUCCAACACCAAGAAGAUCUCCCCGAAAAUGAUCGAAUCGCUCAUGAACAUGAACCCUGCGCUGAAGAACGAACUUGCCAGCAUGGAUCAGGACAAGGCUACACAGUUGCUCGCCAACAUGGACAUGUCUCAGCUGCUGACGGGACUCUCGCUCGACGGCAAGAACAAGAAAGACAUGGCCUCAUACAAAUUCUGGCAGACGCAGCCUGUACCUCGAUUCGAAGACCAGGCGAACCAGAAGGCCAUCACUCAGGGCCCGAUUAAGAUCAUCAACCCGGACGAGGUCUCGAGAACCCCCGAUGCGCUUGUUGAGGGCUUUGAGUGGUGCACUCUGGACUUGACCGACCCCGAGGAACUGAAGGAACUGUAUGAGUUGCUGAACAAUCACUACGUAGAGGAUGACAAUGCGAUGUUCCGGUUCAGCUACUCUCAAUCAUUCCUGCACUGGGCUUUGAUGUCUCCAGGCUGGAAGAAGGAAUGGCACGUUGGUGUGCGCGCUACCAAGUCGCGCAAGCUGGUCGCCUCCAUCUGCGGUGUUCCUACCGAAAUCCGGGUCCGCAAUCAGAAGAUCAAGGUGACGGAGAUCAACUUCCUCUGCAUUCACAAGAAGCUGCGCUCAAAGCGCCUGACUCCCGUCCUUAUCAAGGAAAUUACCCGCCGCUGCUACAUCAAUGGUAUCUUCCAGGCCAUCUACACUGGUGGUGUUGUUCUGCCUACACCCGUCAGCUCGUGCCGGUACUACCACCGCCCGCUGGACUGGCUGAAGCUGUACGAAGUUGGUUUCUCAUUCCUCCCGCACGGAUCUACCAAGGCCCGCCAGAUUACCAAGAACCAACUCCCCGAAGCCACCGCGCUACCUGGUUUGCGCCCAAUGGAAGUCAAGGAUAUCGACGCCGUCUAUGACCUUCUAGAGCGAUAUAUGCAGCGCUUCCAGCUCAACCAGGCUUUUACCCGCGAGGAAAUUGAGCACUGGUUCGUGUACAAGAAAACCGAAGGCAAGGAUCAAGUUGUUUGGACAUACGUUGUGGAAGAUCCGCAGACCCACAAGAUCACGGACUUUGUCUCCUUCUAUAACCUCGAGUCUACUGUCAUCAAUAACCCGAAACACGAUACUGUACGCGCCGCUUACCUUUACUACUACGCGACCGAGACGGCCUUUACCGGCGAUGAAAAAGCCCUGAAGAAGCGAUUGCUAGUGUUGAUCAAUGAUGGUCUGAUUUGCGCCAAGAAUGCCAAGUUCGAUGUUUUCAACGCUCUCACUUUGCAUGAUAAUCCUCUAUUCCUUGAGCAGUUGAAGUUCGGUGCCGGUGAUGGCCAGCUCCACUUCUAUCUGUACAACUACCGCGCGGCACCUGUCCCCGGUGGUAUCAACGACAAGAACCAGCUUGAUGAGAAGAAGAUGGGAGGUGUUGGAAUUGUCAUGCUGUAA